UAUUACCAACUGCACAUAAAGUAGGAGAAUUAUUUUUCAUUUCUACUACCACUUUCCCUCAACAAACUCAAUCCAAUUCCUCCUCUCUUUUUUCUCUUCACACCCUUUUAUUCAUUUUUCUUCCUCAAAUUCUCUAACAUUUCUUUCUACUUAACCAUACCAAAAGCAUUAAAAUUGAACAAAGAUUUGGUGAAACAGAACAAACAUAUUGUAGUUGGUAACCAUAUCCUUGUUCCAAAUGUUCUUUUUCUACACCAUGAACUUGUAGUUCCAAACCAAUAUGCUUUGUGUUAUCAUCUCAACAAAUUAUCAUGAGACUAAUUAACUCUUUUUCUCAUAAUCACUAUUUAUCUCUAUCUUUCCUUCUACUACUACUAGUUCAAUCAUGUUCAUCUCUUAACUCUGAUGGAAUUUUCUUACUUAAAUUCAAAUACUCCAUCCUCAGUGACCCUUUAUCAGUCUUUGAAACAUGGAACUAUGAUGAUGCAACUCCAUGUUCAUGGCAUGGAGUUGCAUGCACUGAAAUAAAAUCUCCUAAUACACUUGAUUUUUUAAGAGUAACUAGCUUAAUCCUUCCAAAUAGUCAACUACUUGGUUCCAUUGCUGAAGAAUUAGGCUUAAUCCAAAACCUUCAACACAUUGAUCUCUCAAAUAAUUUCUUAAACGGUUCAUUACCAAACUCUAUUUUCAAUUCUUCUCAACUUCAAAUCCUUUCUCUUUCCAACAAUGCUAUCUCAGGUAAACUUCCUGAGUUGAUUGGAAAAUCCAAAAACCUUCAAAGUCUCAAUCUUUCUGAUAAUGCAUUUGUUGGGUCAAUCCCAAAAAACCUCACUACCCUAACGAAUCUAACAGUUGUUUCAUUGAAAAGUAACUAUUUUUCUGGUGAAAUCCCAAAUGGGUUUAACUCUUUGGAGCUUUUAGAUCUGUCUUCAAAUUUGUUCAAUGGUUCACUUCCAAAUAAUUUCAAUGGUGAAAACUUGCAUUACUUGAAUCUCUCUUAUAACAAAAUCUCAGGAACAAUACCAUUAACAUUUGCAAAACACAUUCAUGAAAACUCAACAAUUGAUCUAUCAUUCAACAAUUUAACAGGACAGAUACCUGAUUCUGUUCUUUGGAUGAAUCAAAAAACAGAAUCUUUCUCCGGAAAUUCUGAUCUAUGUGGUAAACCUUUGAAGAUUCUUUGUACUAUUCCUUCAACUAUUUCAACUCCUCCACAAAAUUUCACCAACACUUCUUCACCAGCUAUUGCAGCUAUACCAAAAACAAUUGAAACAAACACAACAACAACAACAACAAAUGGUUCUUCUCAGAAUGGAUUAAAACCUUCUACAAUAGCAGCCAUUGUUGUAGGAGACUUAGCUGGCAUGGCAAUUUUAUCUCUCAUCAUUCUUUUUGUUUAUCAACAAAGAAAGAAAAGAUAUCCAAAAAAACCAAACAUUGAUUCAGAGAAGAAGAAGAAGACAGAAGAAGAACAUGAAAAUGUAGCCAAACAAGAACAAGAAGUGAAAAAAACACAUUCACUUCCAUGUUCAUGUUUAACUAUGAAACAAGAAGAGACAUCAGAAGCAACUAGUUCUUCUGACAGUGACCAUGAAAUCAACACCGUCCACCGGAACCAAGGCACUCUGGUAUCGGUGGACGGCGAGACAAAGCUGGAGCUGGAGACAUUGUUGAAGGCUUCAGCUUAUGUACUUGGAACAAGCCGUGUGAGCAUUGUGUAUAAAGCAGUGUUAGAAGAUGGAAGAGUUUUUGCUGUUAGAAGGAUUGGUGAGUGUGGUGUUGAGAGAAUGAAGGAGUUUGAGAAUCAAGUGAGAGGUAUUGCAAAGCUUCGUCAUGCUAAUUUGGUUAAGAUUCUUGGGUUUUGUUGGAGUGAUGAAGAGAAGCUUGUGAUCUAUGAAUUUGUUCCUAAUGGAAGCUUAGCCACCAUUGGUUAUAGAAGAGGAGGUUCAUCGUCGUCUCCUAUGAACUUAUCCUUGGACAUGCGGUUGAAGAUAGCAAAAGGGACAGCAAGAGGACUAGUUUUUAUUCACGACAAGAAACAUGUGCACGCCAAUAUUAAACCAAGCAACAUUUUGUUAAGUUCAGAAAUGGAACCUAUCAUAAGUGAUUUUGGAUUGGACCGGCUACUCUUAAAAGAUAGAGGAAACGGUUCGGGUAGACAAUUAGUGGUGGUUAACCAAAGAAACCAACAAGAGGUUCUCAUUGGUUCAAAUUGUAGCCCAUAUGGGUCAUCAUCAUCUAGUGGGGCCCAAGCACAAUAUCAAGCACCAGAGUCAUUACAAAACAUAAAACCAAACUCCAAAUGGGAUGUGUAUUCAUUUGGCGUUGUUUUGUUGGAGCUUCUAAGUGGGAGGGUUUUAUCGGACCGGGAGUUUGACCAGUGGUCUGGACCCGGUUCAGUUGAAGAAGAGAAAAACCGGGUGUUGAGAAUUAUUGACGUGGCCAUUAAGCAUGAGGUGGAAGGUAGAGAAAAUAUGGUGUUCACGUGUUUGAAGUUGGGAUUAAAUUGUGUUUCUAUUGUACCACAAAAGAGACCGUCCAUGAAAGAAGCACUACAAAUCUUAGAAAAGAUUCCUACCGCUGCUUAUUAAUUAAUUGUUUUCAUGUGACUUGAACCCUGUUUUUAGAUCAAGCUGUUUAUAUUUUUAUUUUUAUUUUCAACUUUUAUUGACUUGAAAUUAGUAUGAGCAAGGGAAAAGAUUAUUGGAAAGGUGUGAAUUGAAAAUUUGUUUGUAUGAGUUGCUUUCGGCGGAGACUAUAGGAAAUGGACGGUGUUGCUGACCAUGCGCAAGAGGCGACACUGUUUACACUUUAACUAGUUGUACAUACGAAUGCCCAUGCUUCUCAUUUGAGGUUAAAAUGGCUUAUUUUAAACCA